AAUGAGUUCGAUUAAGCUUAUUGAUACAGAGGAAGAAUUUAAUUAUAUCUUAAAACAUGCUGAAAACAAACUUGUUGUUAUCGAUUAUUACGCGGAUUGGUGUAAAACUUGUUCAGAAAUUGAAAAAGUAAUAUAUAAAUUGAGUCAGGAAAUGAAUAAUGUUGUCUUUGGGAAAAUAGACGUUGGUAGAAGUGAUUUGGGAGUUGAUCAUGGAAUUUCUAAUCUUCCAACACUAAUCUUUUACAAGAAUGGAAUAAAGAUUAGUGAAGAAACAGGAGCAAAAGAUCUUGAGAAAAGACUUCUAAACACUAUAAAUCAGUAUAGUAGUAACUUUUCAAUAGUUUGA